AUGACGGUAGCUAUAGCCCCUCUCAGGGCUCAGGCCGCUGGCUGGUCCAGCAGUGAGGAGUCAGAGGAAGAGUCUCAUCCCCCUCGGGCCGCUCCCGUGGCAAUAUGGAAGGGCAAAGCCAGGGAAGAGGGGCAGAGUGGCUUCAGAUGGAGAGGAAGGCACAAGAUGGAGAUAAAGGAGGAAGAGGAAGAGUCUCAUCUCCCUCGGGCCGCUUCCAUGGCAACGUGGAAGGGCAAAGCCAAGGAAGAGGGGCAGUGUGGCUUCAGAUGGAGAGGAAGGCACAGGACGGAGAUAAAGGAGGAGGAGGAGGAGGAGGAGCAGAGUGUGAAGGGUUCAGGUGACGCAGAUGGAGAAGAUGAAGAAGACAAAGUGCACAGACUGGUCACACACCGGAAUUCAACUUGCACUGGUGUGUCUAUGGCUACUAAGUAUAAAUGCAUAGACUCCCACCACUCGCUGGUAAAGCAGUCCAGCAAAGAGGGUGACCAAUCAGAGAGCAAGGAGGCAGAUGAUGCCAUUAACGAUGGACAAGGAAGUGAUGGAGAUCUCAACCAAUCAAAGAAUGAUGAUGCAGGCAGGAGGAACGAGUUAAUGAAAAGAAAGUGGGGCUGGAGAAAGACCAGCAGGAGGGAGGAGCCUGAACAGAAGAGAGGGAGGAAGAAACAAACCAGGGAGGAGGAAAGUGAUGGAGAGAGUGAUGGAGAGGAGGAAGACAAGAAACAAGAGAGUGAUGGAGAGGAGGAAGAGGAAGAUGUUGCAACCAAAUGCAAACGUUCACAGAAUAGACACGUCCAGAACACAACAAGAGUCCGAGAGGACCAAAGUUAUGGAGGAGAGGAAGAGGAGAAGAGUGAUGCCGAGAAGAACGAUAAAGAAGACUCAGAGCAAGAUGUCUGCAACAGGUCAAGGGUCAAAGAGGAGAGAAGUGAUGGAGGGGAGAGUGAUGGGGAGAAGGAAGACGAGAAAGAAAAGAGUGAUGCAGAGGAGAAGAGUGGCAGAGCGGAAUCACAGCGGGAUGUAGUGACCAAGCGGAAACAAGUCUGCGACAGAAUGCGGGUCGACGAUCAGGAAAGCGCCGGGGAAGAACAUCACAUGUCAGACACAGAGGCGCCAUUGAGGUGCAGCCAGCGGAAGAGGGCGUGUGUUAAGGAUGUUAGCGUUGCCGUGACGGACGACAGCGCAUCAGAAGAGGACGCGCGUCCCAGGAAGAGACGUACGCCCGGCAAGUUGACCGGACUGAAGCACAGCAGGAAGAGACAGGCCGGCGAUGAGGAAGGCGGACUGGCCAAGAAAGGGGGGAGGCAGCGUGAAAGGAUGGGACCUUUCAUCUGUGAAACGUGCGGCGCCCUGUGUGAAAACAGGGCCACCAUGGCGCGGCACCAGCUCAAGCACACGGGCGAGAAGCCGUUUGAGUGCGAGGAGUGCGGCAAGCGCUUCGUCAACGCCACCAACCUGCGCAUCCACCAGACGGUGCACGCCGGCACCAAGGACUACAUGUGCAACGAGUGCGGUAUGCAGUUCACGCACCUGGCCUACCUGAAGCGCCACCUGCUGCGCCACACCAGCGAGCGGCCGCACACCUGCGUCGUGUGCGGCAAGGGCUUCGUGCAGAAGUACCACCUGGAGCGGCACGAGCGCACGCACAAGCUCCUCAGGUGCAGCGCGUGCGGGGAGGCCUUCGGCCGGAGCCAGACCCUGGCGGCGCACGUGCGCAAGGAGCACCCGGGCGAGGAGGUGGUGGAGGAGGCGGCAGCGGCGGCGGGGGAAAGUGCCGGAAAGGCCCGGGGUGGGAUUACGUGCGAGCUGUGUGGCAAGGUGGCGCCAGGGCCGUCGCAGCUGCUGGUGCACAUGCGCGUCCACACGGGCGAGAGGCCGUACAAAUGUCUCAUGUGUGAGCGACGCUUCGCUCAGAGGAGCCAGCUCAAUGCGCACCAGCGCACGCACACAGGCGAGAAGCCUUGGGUGUGCCCACUCUGCCUCAAGUCCUUUACCCGCCGGACGUACAUGGACCAACACAGGCGGAAUAUACAUGGGGAAAAACUCUGA